AUGAAUGUUCAAAACAAUAAUUCUGAUGGGGAGGACAACAUAUCGCCUGCGAUGAACCAAGCUUACUACGAGGAGCCAUUUGUCCUUAUGGUCGCUCGCCUAACUUUCGAGGUGAUGUUAGCCUUCAUGGGCCUUGUUGGGAACAUAACGGUAUCAUUUGUGAUAUCAAGACAACGAAAAUUUCGCUCGGGGCUGAAACUUUACAUUAGAAAUCUGGCCUUGGCAGAUAUCGGGAUCUUGGCUAUCAGUUUUCCUAUUGCCGUGGUGAAAGAGCAGCUUCCACUGCAUUGGCCAUUUGGUAAAGUGGUAUGUUUAUAUUUUUAUCCCUUAGCAGAAGUCUUUCAUGGAGUCUCCGUUUGGUCCAUUACCGCUAUAGCUAUUGAACGCUACAGAAAAAUCACUACUUCUAACGGAUUUCGUUACAGCAACUAUAUCUCUACAAAGCCUUUAAAAUGGGGAAUUGUUGUGAUUUGGAUCGUUUCGUUUCUCGUUGUGACUUUCCCGUUGCUUUUUGUGAUGAAUUUUGUGGAAAAUGCUACUGAGACGUACUGUGAUGUCGUUUGGUCUCACGCAGUGCACAGUGUAUACAUCAUAUCUUUGACAAUCUUUUGGUACCUGCUGCCUCUGGCAAUCAUCGUUUUUACCUAUGCUAAGAUUACCAGACAGAUACAACAAAGCAACAACUUCCAUAGAUCAAGUAUUAAACGGCGUUCAAGGGAGAAGAACGUUCGAGAUUCUAUGCGUUUUACGGAGGAGGAAAAGAGAAUGCGGCAGAAUUCGAAGGCCAAGAAACUUCUCACACCCAUAGUGCUAGUAUUCACGAUCUCGAUGCUUCCACUGAAUUUUCUCCGAGUUUUGCUACUAUUCUGGGAAGAAUUCUUCUUCGAGAAAUUCUUCUGGCUCAUCUAUAACAUCUGUGUUAUUGGUGUUGUAAUUAACUCAGCAUCCGAUCCGCUGAUCUAUUCAAUAGUGUCUAAGGAUUUCCGAUUGGAGCUGAAGGAAAUCUCUUCUCGGUUUACCAAUAGGUUGCAGAAUGUCGUUAAGCUAAGAAGAGAUAAGAAAAAUGGCAUUUGUGACAAGAAGUUCGAAACGGGUGGAACCCCUCGAGAAUACAAUCUUGACGAAGAGAGUGCAAUUUUAGUUACCCCCGUUUAA